GAACUUUUUACACCGGAGUGCAAAUUCAAGGAGUCUGUUUUUGAAAAUUAUUAUGUAAUCUACUCAUCCAUGCUCUACAGACAACAGGAGUCCGGGAGGGCCUGGUUCUUGGGGCUGAACAAAGAAGGGCAGGUCAUGAAAGGAAACAGAGUGAAGAAAACAAAACCAGCAGCUCAUUUUCUACCCAAGCCAUUGGAAGUUGCCAUGUAUCGAGAACCAUCUUUGCAUGAUAUUGGAGAAACGGUGCCAAAGGCUGGGGUAACUCCAAGUAAAAGCACAAGUGCGUCUGCAAUAAUGAAUGGCGGCAAACCAGUUACCAAGAGUAAGACGACAUAGCCAGAUCCUCACAGGUGUUGUGACUUACUGAGUCCCGAGUACAGUUGAGCGAUUUAUCCUUGCCAGACUUCCCCUCUGCAGUGUCUGUGGAUCAGCUUGCGGCAAGUCACAGACUUGCCCGUUGCUGUUUCUGAACUGAGUUGUUGCAAGCGGAUAAAUCUCAACAUGUAGCUCCACCCACAACAAGAAGACACCUGGAUGAACCAGCUAAACUCAGACCAUGGAAUGCCCUACCAGAUAUUGGAAUGCCUUUUUAAUAUCUUUUCUGUGACUGUGACACUUCAUGUGAAUGACAUACUUCACAAGUACACUUGAUACCUUGCCUGCUGACAAUUGCCCAUAAUCCCUUUUUGAGUCCAGUUUCAGCAAAAUCCAUGUGUUUAAGUUCUAUUUUGUAGCACACAAAUAAUCAAGUAAUUUCUAGUUAGAUGCUGUAAACCUGUGCUAUUAUGGAUUUCUCUUCUUCCCUUUUUUAUAAGGCUGCUCGCUCCACUGUCUGUGACCUUUUGCAGGGAUUGUGUUUCUCUAUAACUUAAGUGUUGCCGGUGGCUUAGUUUUGAAAGCAAUCAGGGAAUCAGGAAGCCUUCAAAAAUCUAUUAUUACAAAUUACAUCUAUAAAGAAUAGGAUUGUUGUCUCUGGCUUACAAUAUUGAUUAAAUGUGAAUAUUCUUUAGUAACAGAUACUGUGCUUCUGAGGUUGGCAUUAUAGUGGAGGGAAGAGUGUCAAACACAACCAACAGGAAGUUUUCUGAGACGAGUGUUUGGCAUCCCCCUAUAGUUUCUUUUUGUGUGUGUGUUUUAUACAUAUCACAGGCUUACUGGUAAUGGUAACAUUUGCCUUGCCCAGCGAGCAAGACCCACUCAUUUUUGGGAAAGUGGGUCCAAAGAAUUUUGUAGGCCUUGUAGGCCUGAAUUAAGGCUCAUUUUUCAUCUAGUAAAUCUUCAUUGUUUGAAAAACAACCACCACCAAUAAAAAAAAAAUAAAUAAGACUAACCAGAAUUGCGCUACCUAAAUCCAUUUCAAAUAUAAUCCUUUCCUGUUUUUAAGGAACUGAACUUAAUGCCAUUGUUAUUUUUGGCUGAAUCCCACACCUACUUAGCAAAGCAUGGGCAAGGAUGUUGUUGUGUUCUUUUUUGCAGCACCAAUGCAAAGGGUAGUUACAAAUUAGAGUUUAAUAUUUCCGGUGUUUUAAA